AUGGAAUUGUACUUUACAAGUUUUGGCACAACAAAAAAGGAUGCACUAAAAUGGGUAAAAAGAGAGGAAAAUUGUUUCGAGGGUGAUAGCGUGUCAACCUGCGAAUUUCUCGAUACUUAUGACGAAUUCAUACAGAUCGCAUCUGGAUUAACCACAGAUGUUGGUUACGCAACAAAUCCCUCGUGCAUAUUAACACAGGAAUAUAAAGAUGAUAAAGCAAUAACUGAAAGAAAUGUUCAGUACACCUGGAAAAUCGUUCAAGAAAUUAUACGUAAAGGGAAAGCGCUGCCAUCGAGGUUUGGCAAUGCGCCCUUAGUGGUUCAUUUUGCAAUAGCGAUAAACUCUGUGAAUUCGAAUCGCCUGGAUAUUAUACACAGUGUUGUGAUAAAAAUGAGAAAAAAAUGCAAUAAAAUCGAAUUCUCGUAUUGUACUGCAUUUUGA